GCUGCCGACGAAGGGGAGGUUUUUCCCGGGCUGGAAAGGGAAGUGACGCCUGGCGAAAGGGUUCCCGGAAGCGACUGGCUCCUGAAUGCGAUGACCGUGUUUUCACUUUUUUGAUGCAAGUUGCAGAAGCAGAGGAAGCGGAGCGAAAGGUUGCAUCCUGUACAUAGUUUGCCCGCCUGCUACACUGCCAUGUUGCUUCCCCUGCCCCAUAAAUCUUGUGAUGUGACUGUCAACUAGCUGCAUCUCUUCCCCACAGUGGGGAGAAAGGUUUAGCUAUGCAAUGUUGCUGUGGCUGAUGCCCUGAGAUGGCCAAAACAGGCACUGAUGAACCUCAGGUACCAUUGGAAGAUGGGGAGUCGACUUCACAGGUCAAAGAUGAGCGGUCAGAGGCAAAACGGGAGUCUUGCGGUAUUGUGAAAAUCGAGAUGGUUUGCACAGAUGAUGGAGAGAGCUCUACGCAUAGCGCUGCGGAAGAACCAACCCGCAAGCGCAAAAAAGGCCCGGCCCCCAAGAUGUUGGGCGACGAGGUGUGCAGCGUUUGUGGGGACAAGGCCUCGGGGUUCCACUACAACGUCCUGAGCUGCGAGGGCUGUAAAGGAUUUUUCCGACGUAGCAUCAUCAAGGGGGCACAAUACACAUGCAAGGGCAGUGGGCAGUGCAACAUGGACUUGUACAUGCGUCGGAAGUGCCAGGAGUGCCGCUUGAAAAAGUGCCGGCAAGCAGGCAUGCGGGAAGAAUGCGUCCUAUCGGAAGAGCAGAUCCGCAAGAAGAUCCGGAAGCAACAGGAGGGCGAAGGAGCCUCAGGCGGAGAGGGAGGUGCGGGCGAGGUCCUGCGGGUGCCCCCUCUGCCCUGUGACCCUGCUUUGCCCCAGCCUGAGCCAGAUCCCCUGACCCCCCAGCAAGAGGACAUGAUCCAGCAGCUUGUGGCAGCACAACAGCAAUGCAACAAGAGGAGCUUCAGCGACCAGCCGAAAGUCACGCCCUGGCCAAUGGGCAGUGACCCGAACAGCCGAGAGGCCCGCCAGCAGCGCUUUGCCCACUUCACGGAGCUGGCUAUCAUCUCUGUGCAGGAGAUUGUGGACUUUGCCAAGCAGGUGCCCGGCUUUCUGCACCUGUCCCGGGAAGAUCAGAUCGCACUCCUCAAGGCCUCAACGAUUGAGAUUAUGCUAUUGGAGACAGCACGGCGGUAUAACCACGAGACCCAGUGCAUUACGUUUCUUAAAGACUUCACCUACAGCAAGGAUGACUUUCACCGCGCGGGUCUGCAGGUGGAGUUCAUCAACCCCAUCUUUGAGUUCUCCCGGGCCAUGCGGCAACUCCAGCUGGAUGACGCUGAGUAUGCUCUUCUCAUUGCGAUCAACAUCUUCUCUGCAGACCGGCCCAAUGUGCAGGAUCAUGGCCUGGUGGAGGCUCUGCAGCAGCCCUACAUAGAGGCCCUGAGUUCCUAUAUCCGCCUCCACCGCCCACAGGACCACCUGAUGUUUCCUCGCAUGCUGAUGAAGCUGGUGAGCUUGAGAACCCUGAGCAGCGUGCACUCUGAGCAGGUCUUUGCUUUGCGCCUUCAGGACAAGAAACUUCCUCCGCUUCUCUCCGAGAUCUGGGAUGUACACGAGUAGAUGUUCCUGGGGCUGACGUGGGGUGUAUGCAUGUCAGGAUGCAGAGUUUCCCUUGCAGGCGCCUUUCAUCUGACCCUAGCUGACAAAUUUGGCUUCCUGCUAGGGACUCUUAUGUGGGCCUCGGCACAAAACUAGGCAACGGAUGGACUCUGAUCCCGUCAGAGGAACUACGUUGGUUGAGCACUUUUCCCCUCCUUCCCUGCCGCACUUACCUUUUCUCCACAACUGCCUUCCCUGCUUCUGGUUUUGGAGAAGCAGGAGGCAUGAGUCACAGUUGUGCUUUGGGUGGGAUUUGGGGGAAGAUCGUCUCCCUCAAAGACUUUAUUCUGCCACCAGCCCUUCUUCAACAGCUCUGCCCCAUGUGUCAUUCCAGCUUGACAGCACCCACUUGUGCCAGCAUCCCCAUAAAAAGGGGGAGAGUAUUACAGUGCAAAAGAUGAGGGAGAGGGUUGCCAUAUGCCUGGUGUGUGUGGGGCAGAUGCUCAGAGGAAAAAAGAAAUAUUAAAUUCAGUCUUGACAAACCAA